AAAACGUCUUCCCACGUUUUCUCUCCCUUUCUCGCGGUGGCGAAGACAGCUUCUGUUGAAGACGAUGAAACUUAACCAGUGAAGUGAAUCAAUGUCGAAGAAAUCUUCAAAUAACGAAUCAAUUAGUGCGAAAACUGAUGCAGUCGACGAAUCUCGUCUGGUCUUCAGAGCUGUAGUCGUUUCGAGGCUUCUGCUUCUUGGCUUAAUAGUUUUCUGGAGGUCGCUGCUUAGCCCUUACGACACCUCUGCUUCCUUAAACCCUAACUGCCUCACGUCGGAUUCCACUGUUAUAUCGCCGGUGAAUUCUGUUCUGUGGCCGAGGAUCGGAGCAGCAAUCGAAGGAAGUAUCGUCUGGGACGGUGUCUAUUUCGUAAGAAUCGCACAAUGCGGAUACGAAUACGAGCAGACCUAUGCCUUCUUACCUCUUCUCCCGAUUUGCAUUUAUGUUUUGUCUCGAACUGUUUUUGCUCCGUUGAUUCCACUCAUUGGAUACAGAGCGGUGUUGGGUUUGUCGGGCUAUGUUCUCAAUAACAUUGCCUUCUUGUUUGCGGUGGUUUAUUUUUACAGGCUUUCAGUUAUUGUCUUGAAGGACACAGGGGCAGCGUUUAGGGCAUCAAUUUUAUUUUGCUUCAAUCCAGCUUCCAUUUUUUAUUCAUCACUAUACUCAGAAAGUCUGUACUCUCUACUUUCACUUGGAGGACUGUAUCACUUCAUAAGUGGUUCAAAUAAUAUUCCUGUGCUGCUGUUUGCACUCUCUGGUUCUGCAAGGUCAAAUGGGGUGCUAAAUGCUGGCUAUAUUUGUUUUCAGACUAUGCAUCAUGCUUAUGAUGCCAUAUUUAAAAAGAAGCGUGCCAGUUUGGCAGUGCUGAUAAUCAUUGCUGGACUUGUGCGAUCUCUAUGUAUUUUUGCACCAUUUAUUGCUUUCCAAGUUUAUGGAUACUAUAAUAUUUGCCUUGGACAUUUGCCUGAUGAAAUGAAGCCCUGGUGCAAAGCAAGACUACCACUUCUUUACGAUUAUAUUCAAAGCCAUUACUGGGAAGUAGGUUUCUUGAGAUAUUUCCGGUUGAAGCAGUUACCGAACUUUCUUCUUGCAUCUCCAGUAUUGUGCAUUGCAUUUUGUUCAAUCUUACAUUAUGCCAUGUUACGGACAAAAAUUGUAUUUUCACUGGGUUUCGAAGCUUCUGGCAAGGAAAAGAGUUUUGCUACUGUACUCUAUUCUCUGGGAACAGAACGAGGAUCAAAGGAUGCUGAGUUUUCAGACAAUGUCCCUUCUAAAGUCCUCCGAGAUCGUACAGUCAGACAGAGGAAAGAAAAGAGUAAACCACAGACUCGUGAUUCUUUUCAGAAUCCCCUUCCAUCAGGUGAUUAUGCAUGUCUUCCUGAAAAGACAGGGUACUUCUCCAUCUUAGUCCUUCCCUUCAUUCUACACCUAGGCUUCAUGGCUGCGACAGCAUUUUUUGUCAUGCAUGUGCAGGUUGCAACUCGUUUCUUAUCUGCCAGCCCAGUUCUUUAUUGGUUUGCCUCAUAUAUAAUGGUUUCUCCUGGCACUUCUAGGAGAUGGGGUUACUUGAUUUGGGCAUACUCUACAGCUUACAUACUCAUUGGCAGUUUGCUAUUCUCAAACUUCUAUCCUUUCACCUGAGAGGCUGCAGCAUUAUUUCUUCAGUAUUUGUGGGGUGACAAGUGACAAAUUCCAUUUUGCUGGCGGGGCUGUUGCACUUCGUAGGGUGGUAUAACCAGAAGUUGUAUUUAGUGCAGGGAAGACAGUCUCAAGAUCUUUGAUGCAUUUGGCACGUGACUACUUUUACUUUGCAACCCACACCCAACCCUCCUUCCCACAAAUGAAGUUUUGUUCGGUUUCCAAUUCAUUCCUUGGGUACUUUUAACAAGAUUGUGCGACAUCUUAUUUGUUGUUGCCUGUGUACAGUAAUUUGAAAUGAACUGCAAUAGUUUGUUGACGUGAUGGACUGCACUCAUCACUCUUCUGUAAAUUUUUAAAUUUGGGAGAUAUACUUGUUAAUUAUGUAUUGAAAGAUCACCUACACCAUUUUUCUCUGA